ACUCUCGACGCACAUCUGGAGACUUGGAGAGGGGAGUUGUUUCUCUCCCUCUCUCUAGACUCUAGUCUCUCCGGACUCGUCUAAGGCGGCGUUUGGUCUGGGAAAAUAAAUCUCGCCUUCCUCCCUUCUUUCCUUCCUCUGAUCAUUGAAACUUUGAACCGCAACCCUAAAAGGUCUCCGAUUUCCAAUCCUAAAGGAAGGAAUCAAGAAGCAAACCCCUAAACAGAUCUAGGGGAGGGAAAAAAAAUGACAGAUUCAAGAAGUGAUAGGGAUGACGACCAUCCUCCUCGCCUGUACAAUCCCUACCAGGAUCUGCAACUCCCGAUCCAAACCCUGUAUAAGCUACCGACCUCGCCUGAAUUUCUCUUCCAAGAAGAAGCCGUCGCUCAACGCCGAACAUGGGGGGAGAAUCUGACCUACUACACCGGCUGUGGCUAUCUCGCCGGUGCAAUAGCGGGUGCCGGAAAGGGAUUUGUAGACGGUGUAAAAGCUUCGGAAGAAGGUGACACGUUGAAACUUCGCAUCAAUCGGGUUCUCAAUGCGUCAGGUCACUCUGGCAGGAAAUUGGGUAAUCGUGUUGGCGUGAUUGGGUUGUUAUACGCUGGGUUGGAGAGCGGAAUAGUUGCUGUCAGAGAUACCGAUGACGUUAUUAACAGCGUCUUGGCUGGGCUUGGGACGGGGGCGCUGUUCAAAGCUGCGUCCGGUCCGAGGUCAGCGGCGGUUGCCGGAGCUAUUGGGGGUUUGAUGGUUGGAGCUGCGGUUGCUGGGAAGCAGGUUCUGAAGAGAUACGUGCCCAUCUAGGGUUUAUUCUUCUUGUGCCUAUUUCCGAUGUGGUUUUAUCUAAUGAGUUAGUCCCUGCAGGGAAUGCUGCAUGAUCCAAUUUUUCCUCUUCCAAUUUUAUGUAAUUGUGGAAUGCUUUUAUCUUGAAUAAUUAGGGUGCCCCAGGUACCGGGGGAAACAUUCAUUGAAUUAAUAUUAUAUCAGUUUAUGUUGUGACCGGAGUGCAAUCUUGACUUCGAAACUGAUAGUAGCGUGAUGGUGUGGUUUAUC